CCGAAAGCAAGUGAGCUGAGCGACGAUGGUGGUGGUGGUGGCGACCUCGAGCCCCGGCGGGCCGGAGGCGCUGCAGGUGCGCGAGGUCGAGGGCCUCCCGGCGCCGGGGGAGGGCGAGGUGCUUAUCGGGGUGGCCGCCGCCGGCGUCAAUCGCGGCGACACGGUCCAGUGGCAGGGCCGGUACCCGCCACCGGCCGGCGCCUCGCCCUACCCGGGGCUCGAGUGCUCCGGCACCAUCGUCGCUCUCGGGGCCGCGCUGGGCCGUCGGUACCAGGUGUGCGCGCUGCUUACCGGCGGCGGGUAUGCGGAGAAGGUGGUGGUUCCGGCAGGGCAGCUGCUCCCGGUGACGGAGGGGGCGUCGCUGACUGACAGCCCGAGGUGGCCUCCACCGUCUGGUCCACCAUUUUCAUGCCAGUCACCUCUCCCUCGGUGAAUCCUUCCUUAUCCUUUGGUGGAUCUAGUGGAGUCGGUACAUUGGCUAUACAGAAUUCAAAGCACCUUGGAAAUGUACACAUGAGACAUUAUUCUUUAGACAACAUCUCUACUGCUCUAGGAGGCACUUUUGAGUGUCUGCAUCAACCUUUAGGAAUUGCAACUGGGCUGCAGAAGAGCUAAAUAACAAACCAUGAACUCCACAUAUCUAUUGUGUAGAUAAGUAUAAUAAGCAGAGACAAUUUUUGACAUUUUACAUUCAUAUAUCAACACAAAUUGAUGUAUGCUAUCGCUGUUAUGUAGCCAUGGCCAUCAUACAAAACCACGAUGCAUAAAAAAUUGAGAUCGAAUUUCCGACAUCAGAGACACGUAUGCUGUUAAUCAGGUGCUGAAGAAAAAAUCAAUCCUCUCCACUUGAAGGUAGGUGAUGCACACAGAUUUCUUCUUACCUUGCAAGCACCGUUGGAUGAAGAGAGUAGGCAUGAUCAUGGACAAACGCAUGCCGUCUUGCCUCGAUCUUGCAGGAGAGGAGGACAUUGUUUAUUUGCGUAGGGCUGUCGGGGGAUAAUUCGAUCGAGUAGGAGUUGUUACGUGGAAGAGGAGCUAGCAGCUGGGCGAUCGUUUGGGUAGGUGACGAGGAAGAAAUUGAUACGGCCGGCCGUUGUACGGGAGCACGGCCAGAGAUGGAGUUCGAUACGGUCUGCACCCAAAUCAGAAGGUUUGGCCACCCUUAACAAUAUCCUCAUCGGAUAUAACUUGGGGAAGGCGAAGGCGUACCCCCUACUAUAUAAGCUCCGCCACCCACGCCCCAAACAAAUCAUAACCAACCUUCCUCAAGUCGUUUGUUCCCCCGAGCAAUCGAGUUGUGUUCCCGGCGAUCGAUCGAUCCAUCUUGCUGAGCAUCAUGGUUUCCGCCGACGUGGCUCGCAACAUCGUCGGCAUCAUUGGCAAUGUCAUCUCCUUUGGGCUCUUCCUCUCCCCUGUGCCGACGUUCUGGCGUAUCUGCAAGGCCAAGGACGUGCAGGAGUUCAAGCCGGACCCCUACCUGGCGACGCUCAUGAACUGCCUGCUCUGGUUCUUCUACGGGCUCCCUAUCGUCCACCCCAACAGCACCCUCGUCCUCACCAUCAACGGCAUCGGCCUCGUCAUCGAGGGCGCCUACAUCAUCAUCUUCAUCAUCUACGCGGCCAAGAACACAAGGUGGAAGAUGCUCGGCGUGCUCGCCAUCCAGGCAGCGUUCAUGGCUGCCGUGGUGGCCGGUGUGCUCGUCGGCGCCCACACCCAUGAGAAGCGCUCCAUGAUCGUACGCAUCCUCUGCGUCAUCUUCGGCUCCAUCAUGUACGCCUCCCCGCUCACCAUCAUGGGUAAAGUGAUCAGGACCAAGAGUGUGGAGUACAUGCCAUUCUUCCUGUCACUGGUAAACUUCCUCAACGGUCUCUGCUGGACGGGCUAUGCGCUAAUCAAGUUUGACAUCUACAUCACGAUCCCCAAUGCCCUCGGUACAAUCUUCGGCCUCAUCCAGCUGAUCCUUUACGGGUACUACUACAGAUCUACCCCCAAGAAGGGCAAGAAUGUCGAGCUGCCCACCGUCCUCACCAAAAACGCCGUUACCAGCGGCAACGUCUCCGUCACCAUAGAGAAAUAAGCUUUGCUUCCUUUUUAGCCCUAAAGAUUUUGAGUAGUUAAUACCGGAUGAUACUUCAACAAGUCUGAUGUUAAUUAGUUGUACUUUUUGUUAGCUAGUAGAGUCUGAGAUUGCCUUUAAUUUUGUGAACCAUUGUCGUCUGUCCGAGACUACAGUGCAAACUGCAAGUGUAUAUAAAUAUCAAUGCAGCUGAGUUAUCCCAGAGAUAUAUUAUGAAAACCACGU